AGGAAGUAACAGAAGUAAUCUGCAUAUACAUAUUACGUAUAAUUUCAGUGUCAUAUUUGACAAUUUAUUUUUUUUCUUUUCAUAUAGAAGCAUUGUUAAAAAUCAAUUAUGAUUAAUUUAGUAGUAUGAACAACACUUUUUAAAUGUUUGAGCACGACUGACCAUGUUUAUAUAAUUUGUCAGUAUUUACAAUUUGAAACCAACCUCGUGUUAUCAAGACUUUAGAAUAACGGUGGUGAUAUUAAAACUUCUGAAAAGUAUUUUUGUAUCAUAUGUGAUAAAAAGACCUAAUAAUAUAGAUAAUGGUACACAGAAAUUUCCUGCUACAAUGGAUUUUGGUGGUGAUAUUCAUAGUCACUAUCAUUUACUUAAAAAUGAAACUAAACUUCCUGGAGGAUCACUACAAAUUAUUGCACAAUGCCAUCACACAAGAACAAAACAAUAUUCAAAGUGGGCUUGAAGUUAAUGAGAUUUCUUACAAAUCAACAUUUGAUGAUCUCAUUAUUAUCUACAACAGGGUACCAAAAACAGCAUCAACCAGCUUUGUAGGUUUGGUCUACGAUCUGUGCAAACAGAACAAAUAUCAUGUGUUACAUAUUAAUGUUACCAAUAAUAUGCAUACUCUUACACUUGCUAAUCAGAUUCAAUUUGUAAAUAAUGUAACUGGAUGGAGUGCAAAGAAACCAGCAUUUUAUCAUGGUCAUAUCGCAUUCCUAAACUUUGAGAAAUUUGGUGUCCAACAAACACCUUUGUAUAUAAAUCUUUUACGUAAACCUUUAGAUAGAUUUGUUUCUUAUUACUACUUUUUGAGGUAUGGAGAUAAUUUUAGACCACACUUAAUUAGAAAAAAGCAUGGGGAUACUAAGACUUUCGACGAAUGUAUCGAAGCGGGUCAACCAGAUUGUGAUCCCGAUAACAUGUGGUUACAGAUACCAUUUUUGUGUGGUCAUGACCCUGCAUGCUGGGAAAUUGGAAAUAAUUGGGCAUUAGAAGAAGCAAAAAGAAAUUUACAGAAACAUUAUCUACUAGUAGGAGUAACAGAAGAAUUAACAGAAUUUGUAGAAACUUUGCAAAUUGUGCUUCCGCGAUUUUUUAAAGGAGCCUAUAAUUCGUUUUUACAUAAUAAUAAGUCACAUUUACGUCAGACUACACAAAAAAUUAAUCCACGGCCUGAAACUAUAGAGAAGAUUCAGAAAUCUGUUGUUUGGAAAAUGGAAAAUGAAUUGUAUAAUUUUGCUUUGAUGCAUUUUCACGCGGUGAAAAAACGUCUUAUAAAUGCAUCGCCUCAAGAUAUAAAUCAGCGGUUUAUGUACGAAAAAAUACGUCCAAAAUAAAUGAACUUUCUUAAAUACGUGAAA